AGGGGUCACGCACAGCGCCGCGGAGCUUACUGGGAACGCUGGGCAAAAUGGCGACGCCCAGCUUGCGCGGCCGCCUGGCGCGGUUUGCGAACCCGGGGAAGCCUGUCCUGAAACCCAACAAGCCUCUUAUCCUAGCUAACCGCGUCGGGAACAGACGCCGAGAGAAGGGCGAGGCGACCUGUAUCACCGAGAUGUCGAUAAUGAUGGCUUGUUGGAAGCAGAAUGAGUUCCGCGACGAGGCGUGCAGAAAAGAGAUCCAAGACUUCUUCGAUUGUUCUUCCAGGGCUCAGGAAGCUGGAAGGAUGAGAUCAAUCCAGGAGACUCCAGAGCGGUCUGAGAGUUUACCUCCUCACAAGAUGACCAGGUUGUUACAGAGAUUUCCCAACAAAUCUCACCUCAGCUGAAAAUGGAGAAACAUUUUCAAUGAACUAUCAUUUCUGAAUGCUAUACAGAGGCAUGUUAGGGAUGUUUGCAUUUGAACUACUGUGCAUUUUUGAAAGGGCAAUAUGAGAAAAAACACUUAAUUUUGCUCUUGUGAAUGAAUCACGUUCUGGAUGCUAUCUUGUAAUAAAACCCUCUAAA